AGCGACUGCUCAGUCGACUUACUACUGCCGAUGCGGACAGACCGUCGAAUGCGGCAGUUCCUAGCGUCACGAACAACUCUUCGCAAACAUUAUCAUCAUUGCAGAAUUAAUGGCGCAGGAAUUUUGUCUAAUAAAUAAAUCUCGCAUUCAAUUGUCUUUACCUUUCUGAGUAACAAGGAAUUUUCUUGAAAUGUAAUCGAAUUUUAUAAAGACUGUAAUUUUGUUCUUAGUUCGAACAUAACCAUGAUAUGUAUCAUACUUUUGACAAGUAACACAAAGUUUAAAACGCAUCAUGGUAUAUAUCAUUAAUAUUUAUUUAUAUAAUUGAUAUUUCUUUCCUAUAAGGGGAACUUAACUGUUUAUUGGACGUUUAAACCUCUGAUUAAUUGUCUGUAGCAGAGUUCGCAGUUGCAGUGCAGUCUUUAGCUUUUGUAGAAGUUAACUUUGUCGUAUUACUGUACAUAUGGAUCGACCUAUGUCAGUAAGAUUCAAGGCUGUCAAUGCACACAUCUUGCACGUGUUUGUGUUCAAUUGAUAUGUGAAGUCGGUGACAAGGAUCAGCGGUGUCCGUCCGCGAGAAACAUGGAUAUCACAGAGCAGUGCCGUUCGAACAGAAGCUGCUGCGACUGCUGGCCGAAUAUGACGUCAGCGGCGGAGUACAAUGAGAGUCACGAUGUCCAGCCGCCUCUGCCCUACGUCAUUUACGAAUUCAGAUACUCCCUCUCCGUGACCAUAUUCUUCUGUGUGGCCUAUACUCUGGUCUUUGCUAUCGGAGUCGUCGGCAACUGCUUCGUGGUAGGAGUGGUAUACUGCAGUCCCAGGAUGAGGUCACCGACGAAUCUCUUCAUUGCGAAUCUCGCCUGUGCUGACCUCCUCGUUAACGUACUUUGUCUACCCUUCACUCUGGUGGGAAAUAUUAUGUCAGCCUGGAUCAUGGGAUGGGUGAUCUGCAAGACGGUACCAUAUCUUCAAGGGGUGUCGGUCAGUGCCUCGAUCAACACCCUCGUUGCUAUCUCCGUGGAGCGAUGUCUCGCCAUUUGUUAUCCACUCAAGUGGCAGAUGACGUCACGAGCAUGUCGGCUGGUGCUCUUAAUUAUCUGGGCAUUUUCACUCAUCAUUACUUUACCCUGGGCCAUCUUCUUCCGACUGCAUCCUCUUGAAGACGGAAGCGAUAUCCAGAUCUGCACAGAGUUGUGGCCAACUCCAGAGAGUGGGAACAUCUAUUUCGUAGUGGCACACCUCGUGAUGUGUUACCUGUUCCCACUGACCCUCAUCUCGGUGUGCUACCUCCUCAUCUGGCGGCGGGUGUGCAGGAGGACUCUGCCCGGAGAGCCACAUUCUCGCGGGGGCGUCGUCGACCUGAUGAUUCAUCGCUCCAAAGUCAAAGUCAUCAAAAUGCUGCUUGUGGUUGUCGUGUCUUUCGCCUUGUCCUGGUUACCCUUGUACGUCCUUUUUACAAUGGUAAAAUUUGGAGGGCAUCCUUCUUCUGAAACCGAAGAAGCUAUUAUUCAUGCGUUGUUGCCAAUAGCACAAUGGCUUGGUGCUUCAAAUUCAUGCGUUAAUCCAAUUUUGUAUGCAUUUUUUAACAGAAAAUUUCGUACUGGUUUUAAAGCAAUUAUAACAAGCCGUUCCUGCUGCAAACACCUCAGGUACAAUAACGAACUUAGUGCUAGUGUGAAAAGUAAUUUUAGCUGCAGAAUGAAUGCAAAGAACGGUAGUGUUUUGAUGACCAGAAUGCCCAUUACACAGUCCAAAAUUGGGAAGGGUAAAGGACACACAAGUGCCACUACUGUGUAUCGUCAUAACUCCGCGUCGGCUGCUACAACAAUGAGAACUGAUAAGAACAGUGGGAGUUUCAACAACAAUUACACUAAAUCCUGCAGAACUUCAUCCUCAGUAGUUAAUAAUAGUCAUCAUGUUAUUAUGUCUUCAUCUUUAUCUGCCCUGUCUCACAUGAACGCAACAUCUGUUUAAUUGGCGUGCCGAUUUGUGAAAUGAAAAUGAAAUUCUUGUGAAGAACAUAUUUAUAUGGUCAUAAAAGAGUAUUUCUAUCUUAAAUUUAAACAUUUAUUGAAUGCGAGAAGGAAGAGCAACAAAACAAAUCGUGACAUAUAAAUAAGAGUGUAAUUUUGUAAUUUUAGUUAUAUUGUUAGUUGGAACAGUUGCAAAAUAUUACCGUAUCUGAUAGAUUUGCUAUGUUGGUGUGUACAAAUGUAUAUUUCUUAAAUAAUUGUCAAUGGACAACGUCCAACGU